AUGGGUUCAAGACGUCUGGCAGUGGAGGCCACUGCAGCAACGCUAUACCGCCAUCAACCGGACUCGCAGGAAUCUCAAGAUCUACGUGCGCCCGUCGCUGAUGAUGGGCCUGACGUGGGUGCAGUGCCGGCCCGAUGGUUUUCGUUGCCCGGUGCAGAAUUUCAGGGGGCCCCAUAUGGCCAAUGGCUGUAUAUGUUAAUUUAUUAA